GAAGCCAAUGAAAAAGACGGAUCCAUAACGGAGAGAAGUAGUAUGUCUGUUGUAAACUAGCGUGCCAUGUAGCCUACAUUCGGCUGUGUGUAUGUCUGUGAGAGUGUUUAAAUGUGAGCAAGUUCAGUAAAAGUAACCUACAUAGUUUGCGCGCUGUUCCUACAAUUAUUUUUGCAAAGCAGAGGAGGAGAAAGUCGAAACGACUAUGAUGUAUUCAUUUGGGACCUGGGAAACCAGCUACCAGGACUGGCUACGUCGCUACCAAGCUAAAUAAACGCACAAGAAGUCGGUUUUAGUUCAAAUUCGUCCUAAUCCGGCCUGUCACAAAUAACGGAUUUGGUCGCUAUCAUGUCAAGAUUUUGACCUGCACAGAGUUUAUCUUCAACCUGAUAUCGGGGCUGAUUCUUCUCUUUAACAGAAGAUGUUGAAGACUCUAACCAAGAAGCUAAGGAGACACUCACUCAACGAGAUACAUCCCUUUCAGUUCAAGAUUUCCUACCAUUGCAGUGGGGACGGAGCAGAGAGUGACGAUUCCGAGGGGGAGAACCAGGAGCUUGCACAGAUUGACAGAGAGAGGCGGCGGAACGGCGGCCUCACCCCUCUGGCCACCAGCCAACAGCACAACCAGGGUCCCCUCUCCCCGGCAUGCCUCUGUCGCCUACGCCUCCUUCUAGACCCAACUCUGGACCACCACUCUUCCGAAGAAGAGCUGGAGCGAAUCAGCUGCGGCGUUGGAGAUGGCAAGAAGUGGAUGCUGCACCAUCACCACGUCGAGCACCACAGCAGUGCCUCCAGCGACGAGGAGGUGCGGGACCUGUUCGGCUGUGGUCCGGUGGUGGCGGCCUUGGAGCCUGGGACUUGCCUGGGGACCUCCCCCAGCCCAGUGCUCUUUAGCUCCAGCCCGCCUCGCAGCCUCAAGCCCCCGCCCCCCAUUCGGCUCCAGUUCCAGGUGGUGCAGCCUGCUGCCAGGCCCAUUAUCUUGACCCACUUUGACCAGUCAGCGGUUCCCUAUACGAAGCACAGGCACAGCUACGGGGGAGAGGUUGGGAGGCCGAGUCUGGACCUGGAGAAAAUGCAACAGAAAAUGCUCCUUAAAAAGAACUGUGGUGGGAAAACACGGACCAUAAAGAUUCGGAACUUGACUGGCACUCGCCCUCUACCCUGUUAUGCCUACGAACCCUCCAUUUUUGCCUUCCGGUCCCUCAGCACGGUCCCUCCUUGCAGUCCACUGACUCCGUCCGAAGACCGCACAUGUGUGUGAGGGGAUAACACCAACUGACCCCCCCCCACACACUUAUUGACCGUAUAUGAGACCCCCAGACUAUAACUUGUCUCAGCUUUGAAGGUGAGACUGUGCUAAAUAAUGAGUAAUAAUGACCGAUAGGAUAAUUUGACAAAGCCAAUGUUUGAAAGGUCAAUAUUGUACUCUCAGGUAAUCCCACUCUGUCAAGUCAUGCUCUUGCUCGGACAACUGCUCAACAAACACAAGCAUCUAAUACACCAAGAAUGGGGUGAUCUUAACCCUGAUAUUGAAUGAUGAUGUGAGACAUGCAGAUUGUGAUAAGGCUGCAAUUAGAAGUCUCUUUGAAAAUACACCGCUUCACUCAAGCUCUUAGUUCCAAGGACACUUCAGAUAUUUCAUACAUUAACAGCUGUCUUUUGGAUGUCUGUUCAGAAAAUGGACUUCACUAUCAAAUAUAUUUUCAAAGGACAACACAAGCAUUGGAAAGCGUUCAGACUACUCCGAUGCAUUUGAUAUUCACAAGAGAACUGUAUCUGGAUGACAAUCAAGGGUCAAUCAAACUCAAGACAGGUUCAUUGUCUAGACUGGAAAAAGCUCAUUAGGACCACUCAUUAACCGAGGGGUUCUUGAUACAUUGCAAGCUGUACACUUGCACAAUACAUGCAGAGUCGAUUUCUUUGUAUGUAUCAACCAGUUAGAGGGAAACUGGCCUGACAAUCUGUCCUAAUACACAUGAAUAGGUUGUGGUGACAGAGGGCAUCCCUGACACAUGCAGUCAUUUGAAAGUAAAGUAGAUGUCUGUCUGCAUCACUAUUUUGUGGAUGUUAUUUGAAUUGUCCAGGUAAUAAGCUACUACGGCAUGUAUGAUCGUAGUUUGCGUUAACAUUAAAACGUUUUUUUUUUUUUGCUUCAACCUGUCUGAGUUUGAUUUUCACUGUAGAGGAAAACCAAUGUCCUCUUUUCUGCAUGUAUUUCACUGUGCUGAGGUGUAGAAAAGAACAGUAUGUAAGCAUUUAAGGGAAGUAUAAGAAAUCUACUAGAAUGACAUGAGAUUUCUAACCCAUACCUUCUUUUCUUGUAUGAGACAACCAACAUUAUGCUUCUGAAUGACAUUCCUGAUGGAUUGAAUGUAAAACGGAAAGUAGUCUUAACUGUAGAGUCGUUAUGCUAAGGUAAUCAGAGGACAGAUAUGAAAAACCUUUUCUCAAGUGACAUGACAACCUAUUUAUGCAUUUGAAUGUAUACCGUGAUGGACAUGUUGAGAUCAAAACAAUGUCGUCACCGUAACCAAGCUCUUCUAAAGUGACUGCUGUGAUGUUUCUUUGUCCCUCGCAUUACUUCUGAACAAAUAAACGCCCUGUGGCCUCUUGAUUCUUA